UGAAGUUUAACCCUGACCACAGCCGUCCAAAAUGUACCAAAGCAAAAAGUGACAUUUAUUUAGAGCAUUUUGGUGAAUAUUUCAGCCAGUGUGCAUGCGGGGGGGAUUUAGGCGAGAAAACAGGGGGGCGCCCGUCAGCUUCGCCAUGUUGGAGUAAAAUAAUCGGCGUGUUGAAAGAGGAGGAUCUUCCCGGACUGCGUUUAGUCUAAGGAAGCGUGACGGACGCAUGACUUGGUGGGGAGUUGAAUAAUGUGCGUUUCGGGUUUAAGCCGCUGACAUUGUUUUUCCCGUCGCCCGUGUCGGGCGGACAUCAUGCGCGUCCCCACAGCAAGUCUCCGGCAGCGGAUCCAGCCCCUCUAACGCGCGGCAGCUCCGUACUCUGUGAUCGGGGCAGCCAGACCAGACCGCAUCUGUGCCGGAGCUCCUUGCAUCGCGCCGCGGCGCAAGGGGGCGGCUUUCGUGCGUAUCGGGGGGGGCGGGCCGUCGCACCGGCUUUAAUCGGACGUUAAGAUGGCGCUCAGCGGAGAGACCGGAGCCGCAAGCGAGGGUCGGAGCUAUGGGCUGAGCUGCGGCCCGGAGAGCGGAUCGAGUCCCGACGAGAGGGACGCGCAAGUGCAGGUGGUCAAGGCGUCGCUGCUGUGCAGGUUAGGGCCGUACGAGCCGCUCGUCACCCGCGUCCAGGGGCUGCUGCUCUGGGAAAGGCCGUUUCCCAGCCUGCUGCUUUACACGGCGGCCAACGCCGUCUUCUGGUUCCUGGCCCUCACCUCCCUGCGCGUCCUCUUCCUGCUCUCGGCCGGUCUGGCCGUGGCCGUCUGCGUCGACACCUGGAGGAAGAAGAUCUGGCCCGAGAUUAGAGUCAGACGAGUGGAUGAAUAUGAAAACGAAAGCUGGGGUCUGGUGCAGCCCGGAAUACUCAGCGUUCCGGAGCUGUGUCACCACAUGGCUGAGCUCUGGGUCUCGGUGUCGUCCUUCACUGCCUGUCUCUUGGACUUUAAGAGGCACGAUCCGGGCAAGUUCUGUCUUCUAGCCUGUAGCUUCUUCAGCUUCCUGGCUAUGUUGGGCUACUACGUUCCAGGACUGGUGCUCUCCUAUGCUGCAGUGCUGAUGGUGUUGCUGAGCCCGUUGGCUGCGUACCACCGGAUGUGGCAGCGCCUGUGCGUGAGGCUGGAGCCGGCCCUGCAGCGGCUGGACUUCAGCGUCCGCGGCUACAUGAUGUCCAAGCCAAUGGAAAACCAAUUUCUCCGCCGAGCCAUCAGACCUGUUGCCACCGCUGAUGCCAGCGAUAGCGAGGAGGAACUGGCUGCCUUCUGCCCCACGCUCGAUGACGCAGUGGCGGCCAGGGAGCUGGCCAUCACGGACUCGGAGCAUUCAGACGCUGAGGUCUCCUACACCGAAAACGGCACCUUCAACCUGUCCAGGGGGCAGACUCCGCUCACCGAGGGCUCUGAAGACUUGGACAGACACAGUGACGCAGAGGAGUCGUUUGCCCAAGACCUCCCUGACUUCCCCUCCAUAAAUCCCGACGCCACGCUGCUGGAUGACGACGAUGACACCAGCAUCGGGCUGCCCAGCCUAGCGCCAUCAAGCCUUUCGGGCCGCCGGUCCGUACCGCUGGACAUGGAUGUGGACGCCCCGCUGGACUCGGACCAGGAGGAGCUGGAUGCCGAGCUGUCCCUCAGCGGGCUGCCCCCAGCUGCGAACUUCACGGGCGACAUCAGUGGCAUGAUAGCCAGCAGCAUGAUUCAGGCGGCACUGGCGGGGGCUCUGCAGCCGCGGCCGCCCAUCGCCCCCCAGAGAGAAACCGGGUUUCGGUCUGGCCCACGCCGGGCCUGCCGCAAACAGUCCAGCUCUGAGCUGGACACCGACCUGGAGAACGAGGACUUUGAGAUGCUGGAUCAGUCUGAGCUGAACCAGAUGGAUCCAUUGGGAACUUCCGCUCGCGGCGCCGGACAGCCCCAGAACCAGGGUUCCAGCUUCCUGUCCAACUUCCUGGGAAAACCGCAGUGAAAACCUCUUUUUGUAUGUGUCCGCGGAACCAGCUGGGUUUGGAUGGGGGGGGGUCUGUGUGUGUGUGUCUGUGUGUGUGUGUGCGGGCGGGUGGGCGCGUGUGAUGACAGGGGUCUCAGCCACCAAAAGCUGGAUUUGGUUUGCCGUUGGUAUCACUGUGAAGUAUUUUGUUAGGUUUUUAGUUCAGGUUUUUGAGUCUUUCCUCCUUUUGGGCUCCUACUCAUAUACGAUCCCUUGUUUUAAAUGCUUUUAGUUUUGUAGGCUGAGCAAUAGGACCUUUUUCUCAAUAACACACAUGCACAGCAGACGACACAGCAAAACCGCUUAACUGUAAUACUUGCCAGUCACUUCUCCUCAAGCAUCGAGAGAGCGAUUCAUGUCAAAUCCACUUCAGAAACCACAAUGAAAUGCACACUGUACCUUUGCUUUGUCAAACUUUUAACUUUACACAGGAUAAAUGACAUGGGACCAAACCUACAUUCCUGUUUGUGAGAAUUUGCUGGAGAAAAAUCUAAAUUUUCCAUGGUUUUCUGGUUUAUCCCAAAGCUUGUGUGUUUAUUGCAUCUUAUUUUUCUGUUUGUCUGCAUCACUUUGCAAUGCACAUAUGUAAAUAACACCUUCAUAUUAACAUUCAAGAAUCAGAUGUAAUGAUUCGUCCAAAAAGACAGGGACUGGCAUUGGUCAUUGCGAGAUGAAUCAGGUUCCCCCCAAGCCAUGUGUGACGUGUUCUUGCCGGCAUAGCAACCAUCUGAACUAGCUGUUGUCAUGCAUCUCCAUUAAGAGAAUCGGUUUCAUUUAAUUCAAAUGAAACUCGCAUGAAAAUCUGCAAAAUUUGCAAAGGGGAAAAAAAUGGAAGAAUGAGAAAUGAAUUAAGAUGUUUCUUUGCUGGCCGAGCUCUGAGCGUCCACCCGUGGAGUAACGCUGAGGUGCGCGUUUGAGUUUUUGCUGCUCAAAGUUGCACAAAGCCAGCAGCUAUUUGAUGCUUCUGCCACUUUUAUGAAAGUUAGGUUGGAUAAAAGGUUAGUCUCACUUAGCGCUCAGCUUUUCAAAACAUAACUAUCAAACCAAUUACUUCUUUUCCCCCAACAAGACCCAUGAUUUCAUGCACUUCACAGCACCCUUCCCUAUGAAUUACUUUCUCACGGGUAUUUUACUUCGGGGGAAACAUGGAAGUUUGUCUUCUUGACUCUUUGUUCUUUCUGGUUAGUCAGGAAAGCUGGGAACAGGGCAGGUCCUGGUACCACUCCCAGUUUCACUUGUGGUCUGAGUGGCAAGUGCAUGACAUGGAAAUGGGGAACCGCAUACACAGUACAGCCCUAACCCUAACCCUCCCAGCGCUAAAGCCAUAGAUGGAACUGUGUGACUUUGGGUUUAACCAAAUGAACUUUAACAAAGAGUGAUCUAAUGAAUGCAGGGUUCCUAUCAUUUCAAUAAUACAUCCAUUUUAGGGCACACAAUCAUGAAGAGACAAACUCACUUUUAAUGACGUUUAAUCCAUAUUAAUCAGUAUGGUUGGUAGUUCCAUUAAAACGGGAGAUGCAGACACUUUCUUAAUGAAUUACGUACUUCUACACUGGUUGAACACAGCGUAGUACUAUAGUUCAUGUUGUUUUAUAGUACAACUGCCAGUUCUCACACAUUGGCCAUUUGGCAUUAUUAGUUUACAGGUUAGCAUUUUAUUUUAGCAUAUUUCCCAUCAAAUACACCAGUAAUGCAGCCCAAAGCAUGUCUGAGCGAGUGAUGUGCUUUUCCCAUGCGCAUUGUGUGGCUUCUUUUCGGCUUGUGUGCCGCUUGUGUCGAGAAGAAAAAUGUGAUACUUACACAACAGGAUGUGGGACGGGCAGUCACCCCAAGUAGCACUCCUGAACUUUCUCAGACAUCACCCCUCUCUGCACACCAUAUCUUCUGUGUCUAAAUUGUGAGCGGUGUAUAAUUUUGGCUGUAUGUUUAAUGUUUCUUCUCUCCUUAUCAAAUAGCAGGAAUUCAUCUUUUAAUGCAUGAGCCGCUCGUAAGGCAUCUGGACAGAACCCUGGAGGAGAGUGACAGUAGUGAAAAUCAUUUGUUAGGCAUAAAUAUAAGAAGUCAAUUCUAAAAUUGUACAUUUUUAUUUUUUAAUGUUUUUUGGUUUAUCAGUAGUAUUUUCUACGUAAGAGUCUGUUUGCCCAUUAUUGUCGACACCAUGUGUGCUGUGUAUUGUUGGGAAUCAGAAUAUUAGUACAGUGUGGAGCUUAAACCCCUGUAUAAAUAAAUAUCGUAAGUGUU